AACACAUGACAAAAAAAUUCUAUACUAAAAAUACGCUAAUGACCUCUGCCACAAGGGUUUUGCAUAGUUCUCUUCUACCUCGGCCUUUCUCUGAACUCACAACAGCAAGCGAGAAUCUAAAUGUAUUAUUUCUCUCCGUUAUCCGGCUUUGCCAUUAGAAAGAAGAAAAAGCAGGAAAAUGAGUGAUGCCAUGGAGCAAGCAUUAAAUGACCUUGAAAAGUUUUGCAAACAUUCUGGGUGUUCACUUCAGAAACGUCUCUCCUUUCACAUUGAGCACCUGGGAAAAAGUCUCAAUCAGAGAAACCGCUGUAAACCUGCUACUUUAAGGACUUGGUUAGAGAAUCAGAGGGUGGUAGUUGAGCCUGUUCCAGUGCCAAGUGGUGUAAGCUCAACAUAUCGUCUUGCAGCUGUUAUGAGAUCUAUGUUCAGAGGAUUUCUGAAAGAAUAUAGGACUCUUUAUCUACAAGGGAAAGCUCAUGGGAGAAUAACAUUAGAUAAUAUAGUUGUAUAUGAUCAAGCGACAAUGGCUAUAAUGCUUAUCAAUGGCCAGGACCUUGAUGGGAACAUUCAAACCUAUAAGGCUGAUUUUGCUGCAAUAGCGGAUGUUUUAAGAGAGAUGCUUGGACGACGCCACUGUCCUAAGGACUUGGAACAUUUUUUAGCUAUUAUCACUAGAGAAGAACUGCCUACUGGCAUGAUUGAAGCCUUUGUUUUCAAUCACCCAACUUUUUGGAGUAGCAAUGAGAUAGUUCGGAACAUUACUGCUAUAAGAUUGAGUUAUAUCCAAUGCGGAACUUUGAAGCAAAUUGAGUUUACAAAAGCUGCAUUGCAGAUUCCAACUGAGAUCACUGUUAAUUGGCAGUCAAAAGUAAAAGAAUCUCCAACAUACGAGGCAGUUUUAGCUAAUAGUCCAACAAAAUAUGGUGAAUUUGUUGAUGGACUAGCUUUGUUUAUUUUUUUCAGGAAUGCUUUACAGCAUGCCCGUAAGGUAUACCCUAAUUUGAAGCAAAACGACAUUGAAAAUGAACUCUACGGCCUUUUUCCUGAUUUUAUGGCGCAUUUUAUAGAGAAAACUUAUGGCAUUGCUGAUGUGCGAGAAAUUUGCGGGAGAUAGCAGUAUGUUGCAGAGUUGUGCAUCUGACCAAUUUCCGCAUAUACCAUCAGGUGUGGCAUUCUUCAAGUCUUCAAGAAUUGGUCUAAUGCAGCAUUAGUAGUUUGAUGAUCAUCAAACAAUCCAGAAAGUCUUAGAGUUUCAAAUAUUGUCAUGUUUUUUAUGUGAACGAUUUAGCCCGUUGGUACCAAACCUUUGGACUUAGUAUCUAAUUGAUACCAAUGUCUUGAAUUUUUUUCUUUUGGUACUAGUGUUUUUGUUUUUGUUUCAAUUUAAGGUGCCUAUUCUUUUUUUUUCA